AUGAUUGCAUCGUAACUGUUGUUAACAGGUCCCUGUGACAAAGGUGAGAAGAUGCUGCAGACAUGGUAUGCUUUCCUGCUAUGUUGGCUGUCCUUGGGGCUUGAAGCUAAUCCUGGUCUAAAAGUGAGGAUUACUCAGAAGGGGCUGGACUAUGGCAGGAGGAUUGGGAUGGAGCUCCUGAAGCAAGAAGUAUUGAACGAGACCUUCCCAAGCUGGAGUGGGCAGGAGACUUUCUCAGUUGUUAAUGUUAACUAUGUAAUUUCAAGGCUCAAAAUUAAUGCUGUAGAUUUCCCAGAAACUUCUGCUUCCUUUGUUCCUGGCACUGGCAUUCUCCUGUCAGUGGCACAGGCCUCUGCUACGGUCAGUGCAGACUGGAGGAUGAACGCCUGGCUGCUCAAAGACCAAGGAGGAAUUACCGUGUCCAUCUCAGGACUGUUUAUUGCAGUUAUCUUCAAACUGUCAAGGGAUAGCACAGGCCACUUGUCUGUGUUGCUAGACAACUGCCAGAUGAGCAUUAAUAGUGUAAAAAUCAAGUUACACGGAGGAUCUAGCUGGAUCUACAGUUUUCUGUCUGGCUAUCUUAAGAAGCCUGUUCAGACCCAGUUGGAUAAAAAUCUGUGCCUAUAUAUCAAAUACAAAAUCCAAAUGAUGGAUGCACAGCUAAGAAACCAUACAGUGUUAAGCCAGAUUGAUGCCUUUGCACAAAUAGACUAUUCCCUAGUUAGUUCUCCAGCAGUCUUCAAAUCACACGUUAACUUGGAUUUGAAGGGCACAGUCUAUCCAGUAGGAAAUCACACAGACCCUCCCUUUGUGCCAGCUCCAUUUGUUCUGCCAGACCAGUGUGAUUCUAUGAUCUACCUGGGAGUUUCCAGUUAUUUUCUUAAAUCUGCUUCACUGGCUUACUACAGAGCAGGGGCCUUUAACAUCAUUAUCUCCGAAGAGCUUGCUACUACUUUUUACCUGAGUACUGCUUUGCUCAAAGAUUUUGUUCCUGAGAUUUCUCUGAGUUACGUAAUGGCGUUCCCGGUGCUGCUGAAGCUGAUGGCUACAUCACCACCUGCAGUCACUUUAAACAUGGACAGAUGCAUCCUACAAAUCACUGGUUGUGUAGAAGUGCAUGCUGUUCUGCCAAAUUCAACCACCCAGUACAUCUUUACAGGGAAUGUAACAGCCAGUACCAGAGCCAAUUUGACAAUAACCAAGCAGAAGCUGAUUAUAUCAUUACUUCUGAAGAGGCUCCAGUUCUCUCUGCUGAAUCCCACUCUUGGCUUCUCUGAGCAGAUGUCACUUAUGGAGAAUUUUCUGUCUUACACUUUACGGAGUGCAGUGAUCCCAGUAAUCAAUGAUAAACUAGGAAAAGGAUUUCCCCUUCUUCACUUGGCCCACACUACCUUGACUGGACCCAUAAUAAAAAUGAAUCAGGGUCAUCUGCUGGUUUCCACUGAUGUUCACUACAAAUAUGAGGAAGAGGGAGAUGAAGUCCUCCACAGUCACUCCUAA